AUGUCUUCAACAUCACACGGCAAGAAGCAACGGGAUUUAAGAUGGGACGGCCUUCCCAGAGAAAUCCGACUUCUCAUCACACAACACCUGAUACAAGAAGGUAGUCCGCUUGCUCCCUUCGCCACAACUGACGCCAUCACGGCUCCUAAUUUCCGUGCUAUGAUCCAAAGAACUCGGGGUCUCUUCGGGUACAUCUGGUUCUGCUUAGAACUGGACGAGUACGAUUGCACCGCGUGCGCCCCUCCCCUUGGAGCGAGUACUUCAGAUGACUUCACAGAGGGAUGCGAGAUCAGCGUCACAGAUAAAUGUCCCAUCACCGCGUCAUUCCAGUACCUCUUCUCGGUUCUCGGCGAAUGGGAACCUCGCGGCGAUUUGACACUCGAUAUUAGUCUAUACUCACCCAGCGACUCAGAACAUUGGUUCCCAUGUCUAACCUUCGUGCCCCCCCCCCCCCCCCCCCCCCACCCCCCAAACGUGCCAAUUGAUCAUGCCAUUGAGAAGGCAAACUGCUCCAGACACCUCGCCCCGCCUCCGUUGGCUCUCAGGAAACUGGACCGACCGCAUGAUAGUGAUCAAGAAGAACUCGGCUGGUGGGAUCAACUUCCGUUAGUUCCAGCUGUGACGACUUUGAUUCUCCGUCAACAGAGCCGCCGGCGAUGGAAACCGCAUCUCUUCGAGUCAAUCCAACGUUCCAACAAAAGCCUAAGGAAACUUGUAGUUUCUGAGAACUUUAUCCAACAGUACCCAGCCAAUAUACCAUCCUACAUCACAGACGCGAGCCACUUCUUCGCGAUCCGGUCUGAGCGGGCGUGGCCGAAACUCAAAUCGCUGACUCUCACUGCAAAGAUACGUACGCCCGACAAAGUCGACUCAACCGGGAUUAGAGCCCUGGGGUCGACUGCGCUUUUCAGGUAUCAGGUGUUCCGCAACAAAGGGGAAGCUGUCCUCACUUGGAGAGAGGCACGUUGGAGUUGGCCAUGGAACCAGCUACUCAAUGUGGUUGUAAAAUGGCUGGAUGGAGCGAUUAACAGAUCUCACGGAGAUACGAUACAGCACUUAGAGCUUUCAAGCCAGGUCAUUCGGCCCGUCUCGUUGCAACAUAUCCAAGUGGAACAGAACGCUUUAGAGGGUGUAGCCAUCUUUGAGAGUUAGUGGAAACAUGACCGACAAAAUGAGAACAUAGUCUACGGGCAAUAGUUAGUAGCUAGAGGUCGUCAUGGUGGACGUUAUCCUGUGAUAUCACCCAAACCCAACCUCAAACAAGUACCUUUUAAUCAUCACAACAUUUAUCUUCCCUGACGAAUUCGAAGAUAUCGAAUCUCUCAUCCACAGAUCGUUU